CUGAUUCGAUUUUCGAGGCAUAUAGUGGGCGACCACAUUAAAUUCAUUCGUUGGUGCUCACUAGUGAUUGAAACAUGUGGAAAUUUACUGUCAGUAGUCUCAUAUAACUUUUGAAACGCGCCCUGAAAAUGCCUGAAAAACCAGCAGCAAAGUCAGCUCCAAGGCCCCUGACCAGCAUAAAGGGGACCAGGCCUUCCACGUCCUCGUCCAAUCCCACCUCCAACAGGAACAGACCCACAGGAACUGGAGUUGCUCGACCUCCCUUGCCGAAUACACACGAUAGGAUUUGGAAGAUAAUGAAGAUGUAAUUCUAAAAAUAUUGGGUCCGCAAAUUGAAUCAAAGUUUUAAAUCCCGAUAUUCGUUAUUUUUAAAAAUGUACGGAUUCUUCGACUUCUAGAGCGCUGAAUAAAGCGAAUAAAUCCCAAAAGGAAAUUACUCUUAUAA